AUUAUCAGUGAUAAGAGCCGAUGUCAAUGUAUCUUUAAUACGCGAAUUUCCCUAGUCACUGUUUUGAAGAGCAUGCGCGAAAUGCUCAAACCUAGUUACCGUCGUCAGUGGCGAUUGUUGUGCGAGCUGGACGAGAGUCCGCGAUAGCAACGAUCGUGGAUCUUUUUCGCUUGUUAGCAAGAACCGUAGCGGAAGCUGAGCAAAAGAGACGACAAUGUCGCAGAUCUAGGCUCUUUGUUUACGCAGUGUUUUAGUCAUCGCCGAGGGUCGAACGAGUUGAAUUGUGCGCGGAAAUGCGAUAGUGCCUGGAAGCGAAACCUUGAAGAAAUGCGGAAAUACGAGUAGAAUAAGCUGGUUGGUUUGCGUUCUUGAUAUUUUUGUUGUUCCGAGUUUUGUGUUGUUCCGAGUUCCAAGUGUUAAAAUGGACGAAAACGAGAUAGACUCCCGUGAGGAAGGUUCCCGGCUAGAAGGUGCGGAGACGAGCAGCGAGUCGUUUAUUCCGAAACGAGCCUUAACCAUAGAACCAGCUAUUCUUUUAAUAUUUUUCGCCUGGAAUGUUUCAGCCGCCGUGUUCGCUAAUCAGAUCGUAUAUCAGACGUGCACCGUCGCCUUUGGGAAGAACGAAUCUUUAUGCGCGAUGCUCGGCACGGAAAAUGAAACGGAAGCAAUCCAACAACUGGAAAAGGAGGUCCAACCGUACUCGUCCAACAUUCUAAUGGCAAAAUCUCUAGUCGAAUCGAUUAUACCAGCACUGUGUAGUAUGCUGAUUGGUCCGUGGUCUGAUCGAUAUGGUCGCAAACCGGUGCUCGUUUCGUGUUUCACUGGAAUAUCCUUGUCGUAUGGCUCUGUUGCGUUAAUCAGUUUUCUUUCUAUGCGAUUUUCCGUCAACCCGUGGUACUACGUUUUAGCCUCGAUCACGACCGCUCUGUCCGGUGGCACUUGUGCUCUUAUAACAAUUUCGUACUGCUACAUGACUGACAUCACCACCGAAAGUAAUCGUGCAAUGAAAAUGUCGUUCUUGGAGGCUGCAGUAUUCACUGGUCUGCUGGGGGGAACAUUGAGCAGUAGCUACAUACUGAGCUGGACGAAUGCCUGUACUGUAUUUACGAUAGCAGCCACCGCAGUAUUUUUGGGAUUAGUUUAUGUAAUAUUUUACGUCGAGGAAAGCAUCAAACCGGACGAGCUGGGUACAGCGGAUAAUAAGCUGCGUGAACUGUUUCGAUGGGAUUUGGUGUCGGAACUCGCGCAAACUUGCUUAAAACGACGGCCAAACUAUGACCGUCUCAUCAUUUGGUUCGUGAUAUCUGCGCUAGCAAUCAAUAUUCUUGCGAUGGAUGGCACGCAAACCGUUUAUCUUCUGUUUCUACGUGAACAAUUUGGGUGGACGGUUAAGGAGUACUCCUUCUACGAUGCCACCAGCAUCGCUUGUAUCAUUUUUGGUAACACAGCAGGACUGUACAUCAUACGGAGGGUAUUCCGCCCGUCAGAAACUGUACUCGCGGCGAUCGGUUUCUGUUCUUAUGCGAUCAGCAGUGCAAUUCAUGGCAUCGCUACGGUAUCAUGGCAACUUUACCUAGCCAUAGGGCUAUCCUUCAUGAAAGGAAUCGCUGGUCCCAUGAGUCGGACUGUUAUAUCGAAUACGGCACCGCCGCAUGAUAUUGGCAAGAUCUUUUCAUUAACAACUUCGAUCGAAUCUCUUACACCGCUCGCAUCGGCACCGUUGUACAACUAUGUCUAUAAGAGUACCUUAUCCUGGUACCCUGGAGCAUUUAAUCUGAUCUCGGCUGUCUUCUACUUCAGUUGUUUUUGCAUAAUGAUAUUCGUAAGAAUUUUCCAGAGUAUGCACCAGUCAACAACCUACACGUCGAUUCAUUAGGUCAUUCACGAGAUUUUAAUCGUUACAAAAUAGGAAGAUUUGUACGACAUGCUUCCAUGCACAGGGAAAAAUUAUAGAAAAUAACAGUAGUUUCGUAGUUGAUAUUAUUGAAAAG